AUGGAGCCACUUUUUUUUAUUAUUGAUCAAAUUUCUAAACUUGAACAUACACUUGUCCCUUCGGAUAUCAAUCCAAAGGACAGACAAAAUUAUAAAUCUUGUACCAAGAUUUCGAGUGAUGAAGUUUUAAACAUACUUGAACAAGUACCAAUACCAAAUUCAAUUGGUAUAAGUAUUUAUUUAAAGGCAAGUAGAAGAAAACGCUUCAAAGUAGAUGAAUCAGAAUUGCAUCAUAACAUUUUAAUGAAAAAACAUGAUCUUGAUUUAAUUUUCACACAACUAUCAGGCUUAACCAUAUCUGAUAAAAAGAAAAAUGAUACCAAACGUAAAUAUUUUAUCACUUAUCAAUCAUUUUUCUCCGUCGAAAUUAAUGCUCAUUGUCUUGUAUACCUGGCUGUACUUGUCUCAGAAGGACAACUUCCUCCUGAAGCUUUGCUUAUAUGGCUGCAAAAUUCUCAAACCUGCGAAAACACAUUUAGAUCGGCUAGAUCAAUAUCUAGCGUUAAUUCAGCUGGUGUGAACUUUACAGUCUCCCAGUUUCUUUCUCAAAUCAAUAAAUUAUCCACAUUACAAAAUAUUAAAGAUAAUACACAUGAAAAUAAAUUACAUUUUCCUCAACAUCAUAAAGUAUCAUCAACAUUACGAAAUGCUUCAAACUCAUCGAAUAUAACUAUUAUUUCGAAGACCGAUAUUGAAAAUACUGUACUUAAUGCUUAUAAAUAUGUAUCCAAUCUCUUCAAACCACUUAAAAUUAAACAUCUUUUACGAAAUGGACAAACAAUACCAAUUAAAGAGCUUAGUGUCGCCAUUUCACGUCAACUUGAAGAAUUUUGGACAACAGAAAAUUAUGAUACCAGCAACAAAAAUGUAGACCUCGAUACUGAUUCAGAUGAUGAAACAGACAAUAGUAUUGAUGAAGAUGUAGCAAAUGAUUAUGAGAGUGAUGAAGAAGUAGAUCUAUAUGAUUAUCAUUAUAAUAUACCUAAUGUUAACGUAUCUGGAAAUCGUGGAAUAAGAUUGAUCGACAACGUGAAAGAAGAACUUGCUCAUACUUACUUUAAAGUAAAAGUUAAGGAUGUUAAAAAAUAUUUGCACAAACAAGCAGCGUGUUGGUUACUACAAAAGGACAAAACCACAUUAUCAUCAGAUCGAUUAUCACGUGUUAGAGGUAAAUAA